AUGAUGACUGGUAAUGUAAACCCAGAAUAUCGGUAUCUCAGUAUACUUGCGAAAACUUGGAAUGAAGUUUAUUUGGCUGAAAAUCUGUAGACAAAGCAAAAGUGUUGUAUAAAGCAAGUGCUGAUUGAUGAGUAAUUGAGAGAGAGGUUUUAGUAGGAGAUUUAGAUCCUACAAAAAAUAAAAGUUUAUCCACAUCCAAACAUUAUAUCCUUUGAGGAUAGUUUCUAUUAUGAGAAGGUGACCACACAUGAUAAAGUACUCAUUCAUCUCUUAAAUGCAGGCAAUCACCUUCGGCUGUAUUGUCAUGGAAUUGGGCAUCACCAACUUAUAGCAAUACAUCUCCUCCAAAAAGUAAUCAGAUCCCGAAUUCAGAUUUCAGGAGUAUGAAGUGGCUGAUUUCUUUGCCACUAUGAUCAAAGCGCAUUCGCAUCUCCAAGAAAUUAAAAUAGCACACAGAGAUAUCAAACCAGAGAAUAUUAUACUUUUCAAUGACGAAAAUCUAUUGUUUAAAGUUUGCGAUGUAAGUCUCCUCAUUUAACGCAGGUUGGUUUUGGUACUGAAAUUAUUGACGAGGAAUCAAGAUCAAGAACCAUCGGAGGCACCGUUUUAUACUAAGCUCCAGAAGUCUAUCGAGCUUACAAAAGAAGAAAGCAUCAAGCCAAGUACAAUCCUUACAAGAGUGACGUUUUCUCACUUGGAUUGGUCUUCCUGUUGUUUGCUACCUCUCAAAAUAUGACAAAACAGGUAUCAUACCCAAUUUUCAUAUUAGUAAAGAGAAGAAUUGUUUGAUGACGAAGUGAAGCUCUACAAUUAUUUAAGAGAAAAACGAAAGCAAGUCAAAGAAUUGUACCCCAGGAUCAAAGGGGUUUCCAAAAUUCUGAAGCUCAUGUUGGACAUCUCUCCUGAUCAGAGAUACGACUUCUCACAACUGAGUCAAAUUAUUGAAGAAAGAUCCUAUUUGGAAGUUAAAUCUGUAUGUCAUUCCUCAUUUAAAAUAGCCUGCCAAAAUCAACCACAAACAUCUAUAAUCCAUCUCCAAUUUGGACAAUCUAUAAUUGGAUAUUAAAAAUAAGGAGGAUGUGCAAUUGGAUCUUAAUGGAAUGCAGAACAAGUCACAAGACGAUUUACUUAAAUUCUUAGAAACCAUAGCAUAGCAAGUUAAAAAUUUUUAAAUGAUCACUUUACAAAUAAAAUUGGAGAUGAGUUGUUUGAAUGUGAGAACCAUCGCACCCAUCGAAAAGAUUUUGAGUAGAGCUCAAAAGUUGAAAGAAUUGCAAUUGCAUCUAUGGAAGUAUGAGUCUUCUUUCUAUUUAUAGUAAUAAAUUGGGCAAUUUGGGAUUGCUGUUCUUAACUAAGGCCAUUAUGAAGAUGAGUGAAUUGAAGCGAUUAACCUUGGAACUACCUAAUAAUUAAAUCUCUGAUGAGGGCAUUAAUAAUUCAUUGCCCCUUUUAGAGGGACUUGUUCAAAUGGAAGAGUUGAAAUUGGAUUUCGGAUUGUAUUAGUUCUUCUAAAUUAAUUAAGAAAUCAUCUACCUAUGGAUUGUUGUGAAGCAUUUUUUUCACUUAUAAGUGCCAUGCCAAAUCUGAAAAAGCUCGAUUUAGGUCUCGAAAGUAAUUAGAUGAAUUAAGUGCUCUCUAAAUUGCUGAGGUAAUCAAUGAAGCGAUUGCCACUCCUUACUCAAUUGACCAUUAAUUUUUCUAAGUACUUCUUAUCGUUUAAAAGCAGCAAUCCUAUGCACAAUGAGGGUUUUUCUGAUCUUGGAGAGAGCAUAUCCGAGUUGGAGAAUUGCGAAUUGGUACUUUGGGGAUCUCAAAUCAAAGAUUUGGGAGUUGAGGAGUUUGCCAAGGGACUGUCCAAAUGCGAGAAGGUUAAGCAUUUAAAUUUGACUUUGUGGAGCAAUCAAAUUACAAAGAAGGGAUGCGAAUCUUUGGGUUUGGUGUUACCAAGAUUGCAGAAGUUGAGUACUUUAGUAAUUGAUUUGUCCAAAAAUCGUAUAGAGGAUGAGGGAGUCAGAUUUUUGGCAAAGGCCAUUUAUGAGAUGUAGCAAAAAUUGAGAGAAUUAAAAUUUUGGAUUGAGAAGUGAGUGCAAUACAUUAAAACUUAGUGUGUCGUGUUCUUCCUUUGGAUUGAGGUAUGUCAAUAGGUUUUUGGUGACGCAAUAGAAGUUGAGGAGCAUCAGUCUGAAUUUCAGGUCGAACUAAAUUGGAUUGGAUGGAAUGGAGUUGCUGUACAAUGGCUUCGGUUAAGCUACUUAGUUAGAAACAGUAAACUUGAUUCUUGAUCAGUAAUCAAUUAAUUGGAAAUUAGCAAUCCAUUAGGGGAUGAAGGUGUGAACACUUUGUUUAAGGGGUUGUGUAAGUUGAAGGAGUUGCAGAGGUUGUUUCUGAGUCUUGAGAGUGUUCAGAGUUCUGGGAAUUCGGUGACUGUGAUGUUGUCUUCAAUUAAGUCUUGGUCUGAAUUGAGAGAAUUGCAUGUCAAUUUCAUGAAGUACAUAUGCGAAUUACGUUAGAAAUGAUACUGACUUGGCUGACGACAUCAAUUUGAGGAACCGACUGUUGGAGAUAUAGUCGAAUGCGAAAAUUAAUAUUGAAUUAAAAACUAUAAAUUAAUAAAUAAAGUGAUUAAUGAUCU